AUGCUCUCCAAGACUCUUUUCGCCGUUGCGGCUUCGCUCUCCACUGCAAGUGCUGUUAACCAAGGUUUCAACUAUGGUGCAACAAAUGCAGAUGGUUCUUACAGAGUUCAAUCUGAUUUCCAAGAUGCUUUCGAGACUGCCAACUCUCUCGUUGGUACCUCUGGUUUCACCUCUGCUAGAUUAUAUACUAUGCUCCAAGGUGAUACUACCGACCCAACUUCAGCCAUUCCAGCCGCUAUUGCCUCAGACACAACUCUUCUCCUUGGUUUAUGGGCUUCUGGUGGAGCUGCCGGUGUUACUGCUGAGAUCAACGCCCUCAAGGCAGCCAUCACAAAAUAUGGUACCGCUUUCACUAGCCGAGUCGUUGGUAUCUCUGUAGGAUCCGAAGAUUUGUACAGAAACUCCCCUACUGGUAUCGCUGCCAACUCUGGUUAUGGUGCCAACCCAGCCGACCUUGUCGACUAUAUCAAACAAGUUAGAGAAGCAAUUGCCGGUACUGGUUUGAGUGGAGCUUCCAUUGGACACGUUGAUACCUGGACUGCUUGGGUCAACGGAUCUAACAGUGCUGUCGCCGAGGCCCUUGACUGGGUUGGAAUGGAUGCUUACCCAUACUUCCAAGAUACUGAGGCAAAUGGAGUCAGCGAAGGAAAGUCUCUCUUCAACUCCGCCUUAGCUGCUACACAAUCUGCCACUGGAAAGACCGUUUGGGUCACUGAGACCGGAUGGCCUGUUACUGGUGCUACUGCUGGUGAUGGAGUUCCAAGUGCUGAUAACGCCAAGACAUACUGGGAUGAUGUUGGAUGCCCUAACUUCGGAAAGAUCAACAUGUACUGGUACACUCUUCAAGAUCAAAACGCUGCCUCAUCCGUUACUCCAUCUUUCGGUAUUGUUGGUAGCACUUUGAGCACCACCCCAUUGUUCGAUCUCAGCUGUUCCAACACUACAUCAAGCUCCUCAUCAACUGCUUCUUCCAAGGCUACCAGUGGUGUUGCAUCUAUUGCUACUGGAGGAUCCGUCGCCUCUGCUGGCUCUGGUCUUUCUCCUACCGGUAUGGGUGCUGGUAUCUCUGCUGUCUCAGGUGCCGCUUCCCCAAGUGGUACAGGUUCAGCCGGUGGUUCCCCAGCCGGUGGAUCAACUAACGGUACCUACACUGCCUCUACCCUCAAGUCCUCAGCUGGAUCAAGUGCUACUGGAACAUCCGCCUCAGGAUCCGGUUCAUCUGGUUCAUCUUCAGGAUCUGCCUCUGGAUCAUCAUCCUCUUCCCCAUCCGAAUCCACCGGUGGUGCAGCAUCCCUUACCGGAUCUGUUGCACUUGCCCUUGGAGCCGUCUUUGCCGUUGCAGCUGCUUUGUAA